GGACCUAUCGGUGUUGGUGAUGGAAGAAUAUCUGAUGACAGAAUUAGUGCUUCAUCGUCCUAUGAUGAUUUCUCUCGAGGGUUUCGUGGUCGACUCAAUAUUCCAUACCAGCCUCCAUUAAAAUCAGGAUGGUGCGCUAGAGAUAAUGAUCAAGGACAAUUUCUAGAGAUUGAUUUAGGAAGAAAAAGUGAUCUACGAGCAAUGGCAACACAGGGACGAGGUCGUGAGGCUUUUAAUCAUUGGGUCAAAGAAUAUUAUGUAAGUUAUCGUGAAGGAGAAUCUGGAUUAUGGAUACCUUUCAUAAAAUCAGGAGAAACUCAAGCACUGAUGUUUACUGGUAACUCAGAUCCGUUUACCGUCGUCUACCAUGCCUUCAAUCGCUCCAUUCAGGCGAGAUACUUCAGAUUCCAUCCGGUUGAAUGGAAUGUUCAAAUCUGUAUGCGAGUCGAACUUUAUGGAUGUUUAGUUUUAACAGGUGAGGAAGACAUAGUAAUCGACGAUGAUGAUUUGCUGAUUAUUUUUAUUGUUUUGUUGGUAAUUUCUGCCAUAUUCACUAUUCUUGUAUUGGUUCUAUUGUUGACCAUGAGAAAGUUGUUGAAACGUAUGGAAAGGAAAUUAAUAGAAUCAAGAACGGGUUUAUCGUUACGGGACAGUGUAGACGGGAAAAAAUCAAGCUACGAAAAACCUGUUUACACAACCAUCAUAAAAUCUAAGCAAAAAUCAUCUGAGAGAAAAUCGACCAACACCAAUGAUUCUAACUCUCCAAGGAUGAAAGAACAAGGAACACAACGAAAUAAAAUUGAAACAUUGGAUCUUUAAAUUUUUUAAGAGCAAUUUUUAUACGGAUAUCAUAUUACUUCAACAGGUAAUUCAUUAAUAACAGUUAUUACUAUUGAAAUUCAGUUGAAGCAAGUGACUAGCUGUAACUAUAUUGUAAACAACUAUGGAAAAUUAUACGUAGUACAUUGACAUUGAAAAUCCAAAUGAUCAUAAAGAAAA